AAUUUUUUUGGACCCCAUAUCUUUGUGAAAAUUGAAACCAUCUUUUUGGACACGAUGCAUCCGUAGUGUUGUAGAACUCUCAACAAUUUACUGUUUCCAGCAGCCACGACUUUAGUUUGGACAAAGACGUCUCUAAAGCUAUAUUUUACCACCAUCAUCAAUUCGUCUAAGUUUAAGGUGUGAGAAAGAAAUGCCUAACUUCCUCUUAGCUAUUGCUUUUUGUGGGUUUGUCUUCUCAUCAGCCGGAGACGACACACUUCCGGCCAACGGGACGUUAUCCAACGGCCAGACUUUGAUCUCGCGAAACCGGGAUUUCGAGCUCGGCUUCUUCUCCCCCGGCUCGUCCAAGAAUAGGUUCUUGGGGAUUUGGUACACGAAGAAACCGGAUGUCGUUGUUUGGGUUGCGAACCGGAACGAUCCCGUCAUAGAUUCACGAGGAGUGAUGAUGAUAAACUUACAAGUGACAAGAAAUGGAGCAUUAGUCAUAAGCAGAGAUGGAAGCAUACAGUGGUCGUCGAAUUCAUCGAGGGUGGCAGCAAGAAAUCCGAGCUUACGGCUCUUGGACACCGGCAACCUCGUCCUCGCCGACACGGCGGUGGAGGCUGACUCUUUGGAGGGAAACUACAUAUGGCAGAGUUUUGAUUACCCGAGUGACACGAGGUUGCCGGGGAUGUACAUGGUGCAGAGCCUCGACGCGGGGCAGGAUAAGUAUUUGACGUCGUGGAGGAGCUCCGAUGAUCCUUCUCCGGGAGAUUUCACCUACAGGAUAGAAAAUAAAGGGUUACCUCAGAUGGUGAUUAUGAGGGGCGGUGUGAAGAUAUACCGGAGUGGCAUGUGGAACGGGGUUUACAUAAACGUCCCGACCUUCUACAACAAUGUUUUCAAGGGGCAAAUGGUCAUAGACGAGGGCGGAACAACGUAUGUGGAUCCUUAUAACGGCUCGAUCCUCACAAGGCUAGUGUUGGAUCAGUCUGGCUCGAUCCGUCGUUACACAAUGAACGACGGGAGAGAUGACUGGAAUCUAGUUUACACGAUACCCAAAGAUCCUUGUGAUGACUACGCCAAGUGUGGUCCUAACGGCAUGUGCAGAAUAGAGAGUGUGCCGAUAUGCGGGUGUUUGGAUGGCUUCGAACCCAAGUUUCGGACGAACUGGGACUUUCAAGACUGGUCCGACGGAUGCACUAGGAUUAGGCCGUUGAGUUGCAGGAGCGGAGACGGCUUUCUAGAGCUUAAGGGGGUGAAAUAUCCAGAUAUGCUACGAUUUUGGUUGAAUACGAGCAUGAACAUCGGUGAGUGCAGAGAUACGUGCUUGAGAAAAUGCAACUGCACAGCGUAUGCACAGCCGUACAUAAACAACGGAGGCCACGGCUGCUUGAUGUGGUUCGGGGAUCUUAUCGACACUAGAGUGCUUCCGGGUGCAGAUACGAAUCAGAAUAUCUACAUUCGCCUGCCAGUUUCUGAACUAGAGUCUAUACGUAAUUCAAACAACAAGAAGGCGAGGCAUGCAAAGGCAAUAGCAAUAUCAGUUGCUAUGGGAGUUCUGAUACCUAUCUUAACCUGUGGAGUUAUAGUUAUAGUUCUAGUGAGAAGACGAAAGAGACGAGAAGGAAGAAGUGAGGAUAUAGAGUUACCUCUAUUCAGUUUCGCGACAAUUGCAGCUGCAACGCACAACUUCUCCGAGGAAAGCAUGAUCGGAGAAGGAGGCUUCGGCCCUGUUUACAAGGGAAAAUUGCCAGCGGGCGAGGAAAUAGCUGUCAAGAGAUUGUCGGGAACGUCCAGACAAGGUCUCGAAGAGUUCAUGAACGAGGUUAUUCUCUUUGCUAAACUACAGCAUACCAACCUAGUCAGACUUUUGGGAUGUUGCAUUAAAGGAGAUGAAAGGAUGCUAAUCUACGAGUACCUGCAGAACAGAAGCCUCGAUUAUCUUAUUUUUGAUCAGAACAGGAAAACAGAGCUGACGUGGCCUAAGCGGUACAGCAUUAUUCUGGGAAUCGCACGGGGACUACUGUAUCUCCAUCAGGAUUCCAGAUUAAAGAUAAUCCACAGAGAUCUCAAGACGAGCAAUAUUUUACUAGACGAAAAUCUGAAUCCGAAAAUUUCAGAUUUUGGCCUAGCAAGGACUUUCAGAAGCGACCAGUUUAUGGCCAGAACGAGAAGAGUUGUCGGAACAUAUGGCUACAUGGCACCGGAAUAUGCAAUUGAUGGGAAAUUCUCGGAGAAAUCAGAUGUCUUUAGCUUUGGAGUCAUGAUUCUAGAGAUAGUUAGCGGAAAAAGAAACAGAGGGUUUCACCAUCACGAUCACGAUCAUAGUCUUUUGGGACAUCAUUUGUGCAGGCAUGGUUGUUGUGGAAAGAAAACAAAGUGCUAGAGUUGAUGGAUGAAUGUUUGAAAGAUACCUUUGUCGAACCGCACGUGAAGAGAUGCGUACAAGUGGGCUUGUUGUGCGUCCAGAAACUCGCAGAAGACAGACCAGCCAUGUCGUCCGUGGUUUUCAUGUUAGGAUGCGAGGGAGAAGCAGCGCCCGAACCCAACGAACCUGGAUUUUUCAUGGAAAGGAGUUCCAACGACGUUGAAAACCAAAUAUCAAGCAGAAAAGGAUCAGUCACGAUAACAAUGACCGAAUUGGAAGGCAGAUAGAUAGAGAAUUAGAAAGUGCACAAACAGUCUCAAUUUAUACAUGAACUCAUAAAAGUAUUUGUAACAUGUAAAAGGGACGUAUUAUUAACAGAUAUUAUCAGAAUUCGUAGGCAGGAAA